AUGGCUGGAGCAUUUCAGGACAACCCCCAGGAAAAUGGCUGGUGCACGGCUUUUGGUCUCCAAGGGGCAGAUUGGUCUCAAAUGACAGCACAGCAUGUCUUCAUUGAAGGUUUUCAUGAUGCAGAAAGAACGAAUUGGGCGGAGGUUGCUUUGCGAUUGCCGGCAGUAGUUUGGCGGGUUGACGGAGGUGUUUGCCGCCACGCGCGGGCCCCCGUGCGAGCCGCACAGUGCUCGGGGGGGAGGGAUGAGCAUCCCGCGGGCCGGACGGCCGGACUACAGCCCCCGUCAUGCCGCGGCGCGGGCGGGCGGUGGCGGCGGAGCGCGCGUGCGCCGCCAGACGUGCAGCAGCCGCAGCGGCGGCGGGUCCGGAGCGUGCGGGCGGCGCGGGAUGGCACAGCCGGGGCAGGGCGCGGGCACUGCGCGGCGCCGCGGGCGCUCCCGCCGCUGCUGCUGCUGCUGCUCGGCCUGGCGGCAUUCUUGCCAGCAUUCGUGUACUCCUUGAAGGUGUCUCCACUCAUUGAAAAAAUAAGUGAUCACAAGGAUUUUAAGAAGCUUCUCAGGACACGGAAUAACGUACUAGUGCUCUAUUCCAAAUCUGCUGCUGCUGCGGAAAGCUCACUCAGGUUAUUGUCCAGCGUGGCCCAGGAGGUGAAAGGACGAGGUACUAUAGGCUGGAUAGACUGUGGUGAUACUGAAAGCCGAAAAUUAUGCAAGAAGAUGAAGGUAGAUCCUAAUACAAAGGAGAAGGGAGUGGAUUUACUCCAUUAUAAGGACGGUGCAUUUCAUACUCCAUAUAACAGAGCAGUCACAUUGAAGUCUAUGGUGGCCUUUCUCAAGGAUCCAGAAGGUGCUCCACUAUGGGAGGAAGAUCCUGAAGCCAAAGAUAUUGUGCAUGUUGACAGUGAAAAGGAAUUGAGAAGGCUUCUGAAGAAGGAAGAUAAACCCCUUCUGAUGAUGUUCUAUGCCCCAUGGUGUGGUGUUUGUAAGAGAAUGAUGCCAUCUUAUCAGCAGGCAGCCACAGAACUGAAGGGUAAAUAUGUUCUUGCGGGAAUGAAUGUUUACUCUGCCGAAUUUGAAAGGAUAAAGGAAGAAUUCAAUGUCCGGGGAUAUCCUACAAUCUGCUAUUUUGAGAAAGGAAAGUUCCUGUUCAACUUCGAGAACUUUGGUGCUACUGCAGCAGAUAUAGCAGAGUGGCUGAAAAACCCACAGGCACCUCAGCCACAGCCUCCAGAGACUCCCUGGGCAGAUGAAGAAAAUGUAGUUUAUCACCUGACUGAUGAAGACUUCGACAAGUUUAUAAAAGACCAUUCAUCUGUGCUAGUGAUGUUCCAUGCACCAUGGUGUGGACACUGUAAGAAAAUGAAACCAGAGUAUGAGAAGGCUGCAGAGUUUCUUCAUGUAGCCAGUGACAGCCCAGGUGUCCUUGCAGCAGUUGAUGCUACAGUCAACAAGGCGCUGGCAGAAAGAUUCCACAUCUCAGGGUUUCCUACUUUGAAGUAUUUUAAGGAUGGAGAGGAGAAAUAUACUCUGCCACACCUCAGAACAAAGAAGAAGAUCAUUGACUGGCUGCAAAAUCCUGAAGCACCACCUCCACCUGAGCCUGCAUGGGAAGAAAAACAGACUAGUGUUGUCCACCUUGCUGGUGAAGACUUCAGAGAGUCCUUGAAGAAGAAGAAGCACACUCUUGUCAUGUUCUAUGCACCAUGGUGUCCCCACUGUAAAAAUGCCAUUCCACAUUUCACAACUGCUGCUGAAGUCUUUAAAGAAGAUCGCAAGAUCGCCUACGCUGCAGUGGACUGUGCCAAAGGACAGAAUCACGACCUGUGUAAGCAGGAGGGGGUUGAUGGCUACCCCACCUUCAACUAUUACAACUACGGGAAGUUUGUGGAAAAAUAUACUGGAGAAAGAGGGGAGUCUGGAUUCACCACUUUCAUGCGAACCCUGAGAGAAAGAGACCAUGAAAGAGUAGGAAAGAAGAAGGAUGAAUUGUAGUUUCUGCCUCAAAAGAAGCUUUCCGCUGCACUGUGAAUGGUUCCAGGUCUUUUGUUGACGCACCUGAGACUUCACAUAUUCUCAAGACAGAGACUUUUUUUUAUAAACAGCCAUGGCCAUUUUGUACAAUUUUGAAAUAAAGUGAAACCACUUGAUUUUUAAAAGGAAAAUAAAUUAGAAUGUUGCCAUAACAUUUUAAAGAAAACUUAGCAUUUUCUCUCAUGUUGGGAGACUAUGCCCACUGACACUCCUAUGCAAUAUUUUUGUAGUCUGUAGUGUGUCUGUAGGUGAUGUUGUUUGUUAGGGUGAAUUUUUUUGUUAAGGUAUUGCAGUACAUGUAAAAAACAAAGGGUUUGAUUUUGUUUUGUUUAAAUCAGUGAAGGAAAAUGGGAUUUGUAAGACAGAGAUUUAUCAAAAUGCAGUUUUACGUUCUUCUGAAAUAGUUACAUGUUCUUGACUGAGAUUUGGGGGGAACAAUUUUAAGGUGCUCAGGGAUAAAUAAGAUAUCUGAGUUAACGAAGACAUUAACAUUGACCAGUCCAGAUCUGUUAAUGUCAUUUAAACAUCUCUGGUCUUUAAAUCAGAACUGUUUACAUACCUUUAUAAAUGUAUUGAGUGAAUUAAACCAAGCAUCAAAAAUAGCAGAGCAUGGGUAAAAUUAAACUAAACCCUCCUUUUUUGACAUCAGUAUUGUCAAAUGCAUCUGUAAGUUAUGGUAGGAAUUAUUAUCUUAUAGGGGUACAUGAUUACCCUUAUAGGGUACACAGUUUCUCUUCAAAUUCUGAUUGGGUCAUAUUAAAUAUGUGUUGGAAAGUGUAAUGUUCAACUGUUUUGAUAAAUGCAUAGUACUUCU